AUGAUGAAAGCUUUACUUUAACUCCUGCAGCAGCUAAGUACAAUGAACGAGUUCAAGGGAAACUACUAAAACAUAUUUGCUUGAAAGACUAGACUGAGCGAUGAUACAAGAGUAAUGUCGUCUAAUGGGGAUGGUAAUUUAGGAAGUGAUAGUGGGGCAGGAAGCAGUAGAGGUGUAGGGGAAUCUAGUAGAAAUGUGAAGCGUCACCUUCAUUCCAGCAAUAUUUUACUUGGAAUUGGCAGUUCGCUUGAAGACAGAAAUAAUGAUUAUCAAUGCCCUAUCUGUUUUGAAUUAAUCGAUGAAGCACAUAUCACUCGUUGUGGUCACACUUUUUGCUAUCAUUGCAUCGUGAAGUCUUUAGAAGUUAAUAAUAGAUGUCCAAAAUGUAGUCUCACUUUAAGCCAACAGGACAUAUUUCCUAAUUUUUUGUUAAACGAAUUAGUAACAAAAUAUAAAACAAGAAUCAAGGGCCUUUCUAAAUUAGGCUCUUCAAAUGUAGGGGAUAGUAAAAAUAAAAUAGGAACAGAAUUAUCUGUACUUUCACGUGAUGGUUUGAGAGAUAUAGUUGCCGUAGAAAGUGCUUAUCUAUCUCUGCCUGAUGUUAAUGUAAUGUUAGAAGUAUUGACACAAAGAAAGCACUUACUUGAAGCUGAAACAUGCGCCAUACAAAAUAAACUUUUACACGAAUUUUUAAAACAUUUGUUACAACAAAAAGAAGAGCAAAAGAAUCAGUUACAAAAGGAGAUGGCUUUAAUUAAACGUGAUAUGGAAGAAGUUGAAAAUAUUCUAAAAGACGUUCAAAAUAAAUGUCCACGUGUAGAAGAUUUGAAAAAAUCAAGUGAAAAUGAUACGGCACAAGUAUCUGCUAUCAGACGAGAAAUGAUUGGUCUUAUAGAUAUAAUUGAUUCCAAUAUGGUAAAACCUAAUGAUAGAGCGAUAGGAAAUGAAUCAUUUACCAACCCGUCUGGUAGUCAAAAACAAAUUGAAUAUGGAAGUAGUUCAACCUUGGCUAUUCGUAGAAAAAGAAUGCAUGGUCAUUUUGAUGAUUUUGUGCAAUGUUACUUUCAUUUACGUUCUAAGGAACUAUUACUUGGAUAUAAACCUCAAAGUCAAACGGAUGCAAGUCAUAGUACAAGUUCUGGCCUUGAUAUCUUUCGAGAAAAUCUGGUUAAAUUUUCCAGAUAUAAUACGUUACGACCAUUAGCUACAUUAAAUUAUUCUUCUGACAUCUUUAACAAUUCUACAAUUGUUUCAAGCAUAGAAUUUGAUAAGGAUAAUGAAUUCUUUGCAAUAGCUGGUGUCACUAAACGUAUCAAAGUUUUCGAUUAUGGUGCUGUAAUACACGAUACAGUUGAUAUUCAUUAUCCUAGUAUAGAAAUGGUCUCCAGUUCUAAAAUAUCGUGUGUUUCAUGGAAUUCUUUCCAUAAAGGAAUGUUAGCCUCGUCAGAUUAUGAAGGAACUGUAACAGUGUGGGAUGCUGCAACAGGUCAUAGAACUAAAACCUUCCAAGAGCAUGAAAAAAGAUGCUGGUCUGUAGAUUUUAAUGAUGUUGACACUAGACUUAUAGCAUCUGGAUCGGACGAUGCAAGAGUUAAAUUAUGGUCCUUGAAUACAGAUCAUUCUGUUGCAUCAUUAGAAGCAAAAGCUAAUGUUUGUUGUGUAAAAUUUAAUCCAUGUAGUUCAUGUCAUUUGGCAUUUGGAUCUGCUGAUCAUUGUGUUCAUUAUUAUGAUUUACGUAAUAUGAAAGAAGCCUUGCGUAUUUUCAAAGGACAUCGUAAAGCUGUAUCUUAUGUUAAAUUUAUUAAUAAGGAAGAGAUUGUAUCAGCAAGUACUGAUUCACAACUAAAGAUGUGGAAUAUUAAUAAUCCUCAUUGCCUAAGAUCUUUUAUCGGACAUGUUAAUGAAAAAAAUUUUGUAGGGCUGGCCACAGAUGGUGAUUAUGUAGCCUGUGGUUCAGAAAACAAUGCACUUUAUGUAUAUUAUAAAGGACUAACAAAACAAUUAUUCUCAUAUAAGUUUGAUGCUGUGCGUAGUAUAUUAGAAAUUCAAGAUCGAAAAGAAGAAGAUUUAAACGAAUUUGUCUCAGCAGUGUGUUGGAGACAAAUGUCCAAUGUUAUAGUAGCUGCAAAUUCUCAAGGAAUUAUCAAAAUAUUAGAAUUUGUUUGAUUUUAAUUAGUAGAGUAAUGCAUAAGUUAUAUAGUAAGAUUAAAUAAAAAUGUUCAGAAUUUGUGCUGAUGUAUUUUCGAUAUGACCUAAUUUAUGCUCACAUUUAAACAACGAGGUAAAAAAAUUAUUCUAAAUAUUCUAACUUGCUCUACAGGCUGAAAUAAAGCUUCCUAUUAUAAAGAUUUUAAU